AGCCUAAAAAGCAGUGGUAACUCCCAAAAGCGCUUAUAAGUUCUCCUUGUCUGCGAAAGCCAAAGCCAUGGCUGCGACAGUGGGCUGUAUGAGGUAUCUGUUGGUGGGUGCCCCAACUCCUCUCAGAAGAAGCACUUCUCUCCCUUCCUCUUCCUCUUUCUCUUCCUGGACAUGGAAACCCAAUCCCAUUUCGUUCCCAAUCCAAAACCAUGCCUUUCGCUCUCCAGAGAAAUUCUUCACUCCUUUGGCCGCCGCCUCGCCUUUCGAUCUCUCCCCUCCCCCCAUCGAUCUCGACCUCCUCGAUACUGUGACAGAAGCAGGGGCAAAGGUUUCAGAAGCUGGGAUUAUUGAAACCUUUGAUAAUGAUGAUGAAGCAUUAGAUGCAGUUGACAAUGGGGUGGUGGUUGUGGACCUUUCUCAUUUUGGUCGGAUACGAGUCAGUGGAGACGACCGUAUUCAGUUCCUUCACAACCAAAGUACUGCAAAUUUCGAAUGUCUUCAGGAAGGACAGGGAUGUGAUACUGUCUUUGUUACACCAACAGCCAGAACAAUAGAUGUUGCACAUGCGUGGAUUAUGAAAAAUGCAGUCACAUUGGUGGUCUCGCCAGUGACCUGUGGAAGCAUAAUUGAAAUGCUUACAAAGUACAUAUUUUUUGCCGACAAGGUAGAAAUUCAAGACAUCACCAAGAAAACAUCCUUCUUUGUUUUAGUGGGACCAAAAAGCCACCAAGUUAUGGAGGAUUUAAAUCUUGGUGGUCUUGUUGGAAAGCCAUAUGGCACCCAUCAACAUUUUAUGGUGAAUGGGAUGCCGAUAACUGUAGGAGUGGGAAAUGUCAUCUCUGAAGAUGGAUUUUCAUUUAUGAUGUCACCAGCUAUUGCCGGAUCUGUCUGGAAAGCUCUUCUAAGUCAAGGUGCUAUCCCAAUGGGUUCUAAUGCUUGGGAAAACUAAGGAUU